AUGGCGCUUAUUCAUGAAUCACGUGCCCCCUCACCUUCUCUUUCCGGCUUCAACUCUCCACUCUCUGAUCCUCCAUCCUUCCGCCGCCUCGAUGCCGAAACACCCUGCACCCCCGAAAUGGACCUUACCCCGACCCAGUGUGUCCUUCGCAACGUCCUCUCCAUAGACACCGGCGGUGCUGUGGAGCCCGGGGGUGGAGGAGGAGGAGGAGGAGAUGGGCAGACGGCUGCACACAACCAGACACCUGGCGAGGAACAACAGGAGCACUUUGCCAACAGUAUCCUGAAGCUCCAUGAGCAUGAUGGGAGCUCAGGAAGGACGGAGGGAGAGGGGCAGGAGAUGGACGGCAACGCGGUCAGGAGCCAAGCGGGUGUCGCCAGGCUACAGUGCCAGUCUACCGGAGGGUUUCUGGAGGGGUUGUUUGGGUGUCUGCGGCCUGUCUGGACUAUGAUUGGCAAAGCUUACUCCACAGAGCACAAACACGGCCUGGACGAGGCGUGGGAGAUCCCAUUCGAGGAGAUAUCUGACCUGCAGUGGGUGGGCAGCGGAGCGCAGGGCGCCGUCUUUCUGGGCAAACUGUAUGGACAGGAAGUGGCCGUUAAGAAAGUGCGGAACAUCAAAGAGACAGACAUCAAGCACCUGCGCAAGCUCAAACACCCAAACAUCAUCACUUUCAAAGGUAUUUGUACCCAGGCUCCAUGUUACUGUAUCAUCAUGGAGUACUGUGCCCAGGGACAGCUGUAUGAGGUGCUGAGAGCAGGCAGGAAGAUCCAUCCGUCCCUACUCAUGGACUGGGCCAUGGGCAUCGCUGGGGGCAUGAACUAUCUUCACCUCCACAAGAUCAUCCACAGAGACCUCAAGUCACCAAACAUGCUGAUCACUUACGAUGACGCAGUAAAGAUUUCUGAUUUUGGCACGUCCAAGGAGCUCAGUGACAAGAGCACCAAGAUGUCCUUUGCCGGUACGGUGGCCUGGAUGGCUCCUGAAGUCAUACGCAACGAACCCGUCUCAGAGAAAGUGGAUAUUUGGUCGUUCGGUGUUGUGCUGUGGGAGAUGCUGACAGGAGAGGUGCCCUAUAAAGAUGUGGACUCCUCCGCUAUCAUCUGGGGGGUGGGCAACAACAGUCUGCAUCUGCCUGUACCUGAUAGCUGCCCCGAGAGCUUCAAACUGCUCCUGAGGCAAUGCUGGAACUGCAAGCCAAGAAACAGGCCUUCCUUCAGACAGAUUCUCCUGCAUCUUGACAUCGCCUCAGCAGAUAUAUUAUCGACUCCACAAGAAACCUACUUUCAGACCCAGGUGGAGUGGAGGGAUGAGGUGAGGCUACACUUUGAGCAGAUCAAGUCCGAGGGGACGUGUAUUCACAGGCUGGACGAGGAGCUGAUCAAAAGACGCAGAGAAGAACUCAGACAUGCACUGGACAUCCGGGAGCACUACGAGAGGAAACUGGAGAGAGCCAACAAUCUCUACAUGGAGCUCAAUGCCAUCAUGCUGCAGCUGGAGAUCAAAGAGAAAGAACUGCACAAGAGGGAGCAGUCACUGGACAAGAAGUACCCGGGCUGCUUCAAGCACCAAAGCUCCAGACAGUCGGCCUCCUCCAACUCGAUGGAGAAGCUCAUGAAGAAACGCAACGUACCUCAGAAGCUUCCUUCACACAGCAAGAGGCCAGACUUGCUAAAGUCAGAGGUCAUCCUCCCCAAACUGGACUCUUCCAUGACCCAGGUAACAAUCCCCAACAAGGGCUCUACCUCCCCUGGCCGCUCUCGCCGAGGAAAACCCCGCUACAGGAAGGCCGGUAAAGGCAGCAGUGGGGACUUGGCUCAGCUUAAAGCCACUCUCUCCUCUUCAUUAGCCAUGGUCAACGCCACCUCAUCUGUUCCCAGCAGCAAGCAGCACUUAGACCCAAGUGCAGCCCUCAGAGGCCUGCAGCACGAUCUGCUGCUCAAGAAGAUGUACUCCUCGAGCCCCGAUCUCAUUUCCACCACCUUGGAGGCCGAAGGCCGGAGAAAGGGGCAGGUCAUGCCGGGUCUGGACAGAGCGGGCAGCCAGAGCGCUUCAGCAGGGCUGGGGGAGAGCAGAGGGACUGGAGGACCCGAGGAGGGGCCAGAUGUGAAUGUAGGGCCAGAUGACCUGGCCGAAACACCUCCACGCAGUGACACGCCCAGUGAGGACGCAGCCUCUAUCCCGUUCUCCAGUAGCCCCGACUCACCGUGUGGCAGAGGGGCCGCUGCAGGGAGGGCGUCUGUGCUGGGAAACCCCCGUGUUUCCCACGAGGGCGAGGAGAAGGAGGACGGGGUGGUGAUCACACGCUCACCCAGAAGUCAACGCCUCACUCCUGCAGCACUCCUCUACAGGGCAGCUGUCACACGCAGUCAGAGACGUGGAGUGUCAUCAGAGGAAGAGGAAGGAGAGGUGGACAGUGAGGUGGAGUUGCCAAGGAGACGGCGUCCCGUGAGCAUGAGCAAGUGCCAGUCCCUGUCCAACUUCAGCUCAGAGAACUUGUCGGUGUCGGACGGCGAGGAGGGAAACACCACUGACCACUCCCACAGCGGCACACCGGACGUGGUCAGCACCAACACCGACGAGCGCCUCGACGACAAGAGCGACGACCUUCUGUCUCAGGGCUCCGAGAUUCCCGCUGACCCGUCUGACUCGACCCAGCUGGGCUCCGACGGGUUGUCCGAGAAGGAAGCUAUUCUUCGACAAGUCAAGACACAGCUCGCAAGUAACGAUCAUAAUUAUGAGGGCCUGUAUGAUGACUCGGACUGUGACAGUGCAGAGCUGGACCAUUCAGGCAGUGCAGAGCCCAGCCAACCUCCAGCCAACUGGUGA